CGCGCGCGCGGAGCCACCAUGUCCGGCGAGGUGCGCCUGCGGCAGCUGGAGCAGUUCAUCCUGGACGGGCCGGCGCGGAGCAGCGGGCAGUGCUUCAGCGUGGAGACCCUGCUGGACGUCCUCAUCUGCCUGUACGACGAGUGCAGCAACUCCCCGCUGCGGAGGGAGAAGAACAUCCUCGAGUACCUGGAAUGGGCAAAACCAUUUACUUCUAAGGUGAAACAAAUGCGAUUACAUAGAGAAGACUUUGAAAUAUUAAAGGUUAUUGGUCGAGGAGCUUUUGGUGAGGUUGCUGUAGUAAAACUGAAAAAUGCAGAUAAAGUAUUCGCCAUGAAAAUUUUGAAUAAGUGGGAAAUGCUGAAAAGAGCUGAGACAGCGUGUUUCCGUGAGGAGAGGGAUGUGCUGGUGAAUGGGGACAAUCAGUGGAUCACAGCUCUGCACUAUGCCUUCCAGGAUGACAAUAACUUAUACCUGGUUAUGGAUUAUUAUGUUGGUGGAGAUUUACUUACUCUGCUCAGCAAGUUUGAGGAUAGACUACCUGAAGAUAUGGCUCGAUUCUAUUUGGCUGAGAUGGUGAUAGCAAUUGAUUCAGUUCAUCAGCUGCAUUAUGUGCAUAGAGACAUUAAACCUGACAAUAUAUUGAUGGAUAUGAAUGGACAUAUUCGUUUAGCAGAUUUUGGGUCUUGUCUGAAACUGAUGGAAGAUGGAACGGUUCAGUCCUCAGUGGCAGUUGGCACCCCAGAUUAUAUUUCUCCUGAAAUUCUUCAAGCCAUGGAAGAUGGCAAAGGCAGAUAUGGACCUGAGUGUGACUGGUGGUCCCUGGGGGUCUGUAUGUAUGAAAUGCUCUAUGGAGAAACACCCUUCUAUGCAGAAUCUCUUGUGGAGACUUAUGGAAAAAUCAUGAACCACAAAGAGAGGUUCCAGUUUCCAGCCCAAGUGACUGAUGUGUCUGAAAAUGCAAAGGAUCUUAUUCGAAGACUCAUUUGUAGCAGAGAACAUCGGCUUGGUCAAAAUGGAAUAGAAGACUUUAAGAAACAUCCAUUUUUCAGUGGAAUUGAUUGGGAUAAUAUUCGAAACUGUGAAGCACCAUAUAUUCCUGAAGUUAGUAGCCCAACUGAUACGUCUAAUUUUGAUGUGGACGAUGACUGUUUAAAAAAUUCUGAAACAAUGCCCCCACCAACACAUGCUGCGUUUUCUGGUCACCAUCUGCCAUUUGUUGGUUUCACAUAUACUAGUAGCUGUGUUCUUUCUGAUCGGAGCUGUUUAAGAGUUACAGCUGGUCCUACAUCGCUGGAUCUUGAUGUUAAUGUCCAGAGGACUCUAGAUAACAACUUAGCAACUGAAGCUUAUGAAAGAAGAAUUAAGCGCCUUGAACAGGAAAAACUUGAACUUAGUAGAAAGCUUCAAGAGUCAACACAAACUGUCCAAGCUUUGCAGUACUCAACUGUUGAUGGUCCACUUGCAGCAAGCAAAGAUUUAGAAAUAAAAAACUUGAAAGAAGAAAUUGAAGAACUAAGGAAACAAGUAGCAGAAUCAAGUCAUUUGGAACAGCAACUUGAAGAAGCUAAUUCUGCAAGGCGGGAACUCGAUGAUGCUUUCAGACAAAUCAAAGCUUGUGAAAAACAAAUCAAAAUCUUACAACAGGAGAGGGAGGAGCUGAAUAAGGAACUAGUCCAGGCUAGUGAGCGAUUAAAAAACCAAUCCAAAGAGCUGAAAGACGCACACUGUCAGAGGAAACUGGCCAUGCAGGAAUUCAUGGAGAUCAAUGAGCGGCUAACAGAAUUACACACCCAGAAACAGAAACUUGCUCGACAUGUCCGAGAUAAGGAAGAAGAGGUGGACCUAGUGAUGCAGAAAGUUGAAAGCUUAAGGCAAGAGCUGCGCAGAACAGAAAGAGCCAAGAAAGAGCUGGAAGUUCACAGGGAAGCUCUAGUCGCCGAGGCGUCUAAAGACAGGAAGCUGCGUGAGCAGAGCGAACACUACUCGAAGCAACUGGAGAACGAGCUGGAAGGACUGAAGCAGAAACAAAUUACUUAUUCACCAGGAAUAUGCAGUAUAGAACAUCAGCAAGAGAUAAACAAACUGAAAACUGAUUUGGAAAAGAAAAGUAUUUUUUAUGAAGAAGAAAUAUCUAAAAGAGAAGGAAUCCAUGCAAAUGAGAUUAAAAACCUAAAGAAAGAACUACAUGAUUCAGAAGGCCAGCAACUUGCUCUCAACAAGGAAAUUUUGGUUUUAAAAGACAAACUGGAAAAAACAAGGAGAGAAACCCAAAGUGAAAGGGAAGAAUUUGAAAAUGAGUUCAAACAACAGUAUGAACGAGAAAAAGUAUUACUAACUGAAGAAAAUAAAAAGUUGACAAGUGAACUUGAUAAGCUUACCACUCUGUAUGAGAACUUAAGUAUGCACAACCAGCAGUUAGAAGAAGAGGUCAAGGACCUAGCAGACAAGAAGGAAUCAGUUGCACAUUGGGAAGCCCAGAUCACAGAAAUAAUUCAGUGGGUCAGUGAUGAGAAGGAUGCGCGAGGGUAUCUUCAGGCCCUCGCUUCUAAAAUGACCGAAGAAUUGGAAGCACUAAGAAAUUCAAGCCUGGGUACCCGAGCAACAGACAUGCCCUGGAAAAUGCGUCGUUUUGCAAAACUAGACAUGUCAGCUAGACUGGAGCUGCAAUCAGCCCUUGAUGCAGAGAUAAGAGCCAAACAGGCCAUUCAAGAAGAGCUGAACAAGGUUAAGGCAACUCACAUAGUAACAGAAUGUAAACUAAAAGAUUCAGAGAAGAAGAACUUGGAACUACUUUCAGAAAUUGAACAGCUGCUAAAGGACACUGAAGAGCUUAGAUCUGAAAAGGGCAUAGAGCACCAGGACUCACAGCACUCUUUCUUGGCAUUUCUGAAUGCGCCUACCGACGCUCUGGAUCAAUUUGAAAUUGCAGACUCGGCUCCACUUCCAGUCCAUACACCAACCUUAAGGAAAAAGGGAUGUCCUGGUUCAACUGGCUUUCCACCUAAGCGCAAGACUCAUCAGUUUUUUGUGAAGUCUUUCACAACACCCACCAAGUGCCAUCAGUGCACCUCUUUGAUGGUGGGUUUGAUGAGACAAGGCUGUGCGUGUGAAGUAUGUGGCUUCUCAUGUCACAUAACUUGUGUAAACAAAGCUCCAACUGCCUGUCCAGUUCCUCCUGAGCAGACAAAGGGUCCCCUGGGCAUAGAUCCACAAAAAGGAGUGGGAACAGCCUAUGAAGGCCAUGUCAGGAUCCCUAAGCCAGCGGGAGUGAAGAAAGGAUGGCAGAGAGCUCUGGCUGUGGUCUGUGAUUUCAAACUCUUUCUGUAUGAUAUCGCUGAAGGAAAAGCCUCUCAACCCAGUGUGGUCAUCAGUCAGGUGAUCGACAUGAGAGAUGAAGAAUUUUCUGUGAGUUCAGUCCUGGCCUCUGAUGUGAUUCAUGCAAGCCGAAAAGAUGUACCCUGUAUAUUUAGGGUCACAGCUUCCCAGCUCUCAGCAUCUAACAACAAAUGUUCCAUCCUGCUGCUGGCAGAUAGUGAGAAUGAGAAGAGCAAGUGGGUGGGAGUGCUCAGUGAAUUGCACAAGAUUUUGAAGAAAAAUAAAUUCAGAGACCGCUCUGUCUAUGUUCCCAAAGAGGCAUAUGACAGCACACUCCCCCUCAUCAAAACAACCCAGGCUGCUGCAAUCAUAGAUCAUGAAAGAAUAGCUUUGGGAAAUGAAGAAGGGUUAUUUGUUGUUCAUGUCACCAAAGAUGAAAUUAUUAGAGUUGGUGACAAUAAGAAGAUUCAUCAGAUUGAACUCAUUCCAAACGAGCAGCUUGUUGCUGUGAUCUCAGGACGAAAUCGUCAUGUGCGGCUCUUUCCUAUGUCGGCUUUGGAUGGGCGAGAGACAGAUUUUUAUAAGCUGGCAGAAACUAAAGGGUGUCAGACUAUAACUGCUGGAAGAGUGCGCCAUGGGGCUCUGACAUGCCUCUGUGUGGCCAUGAAAAGGCAGGUCCUCUGCUAUGAGCUGUCUCAGAGCAAGACACGCCACAGAAAGUUUAAGGAACUUCAAGUUCCAUAUACUGUCCAGUGGAUGGCAGUCUUCAGUGAACAACUCUGUGUGGGAUUCCAGUCAGGAUUUCUCAGAUAUCCUUUGAAUGGAGACGGAGGGCCCUGCAGUCUGCUUCAUUCAAAUGACCACACACUGUCAUUUCUAACACACCAGCCAAUGGAUGCUCUCUGCGCGGUUGAGAUCUCCAGUAAAGAAUACCUGCUGUGUUUUAACAGCAUUGGGAUAUACACCGACUGCCAGGGGCGGAGAUCCCGACAGCAGGAGUUGAUGUGGCCCGCAAAUCCUUCCUCGUGUUGUUACAACGCACCCUAUCUCUCAGUAUACAGUGAAAAUGCAGUCGAUAUCUUUGAUGUCAACUCCAUGGAAUGGAUUCAGACUCUUCCUCUCAAAAAGGUUCGACCACUAAAUAGUGAAGGAUCUUUAAAUCUUUUAGGAUUGGAGACAAUAAGAUUAAUAUAUUUCAAAAAUAAGAUGGCAGAAGGGGAUGAACUUGUAGUUCCUGAAACAUCAGACAAUAGUCGGAAACAAAUGGUCAGGAAUAUCAACAACAAACGGCGUUACUCCUUCCGUGUCCCUGAGGAGGAGCGGGUGCAGCAGAGGAGGGAGAUGCUACGAGAUCCAGAGAUGAGAAAUAAAUUAAUCUCUAACCCGACUAACUUUAACCACAUAGCACACAUGGGUCCUGGAGAUGGAAUACAGAUCCUAAAAGACCUGCCCAUGAACCCCCGUCCUCAGGAAAGCCGGGCAGUAUUCAGCGGCUCUGUGAGUAUUCCAUCCAUCACCAAAUCCCGCCCUGAGCCAGGCCGCUCCGUGAGUGCCAGCAGUGGCCUGUCAGCGCGCUCCUCCGCGCAGAACGGCAGUGCCUUGAAGCGGGAGCUGUCGGGCGGAGGCUACGGCGCCAAGCGGCAGCCCCUGCCCUCCCCGUCCGAGGGCUCGCUGUCAUCAGGGGGCAUGGACCAAGGAAGUGACACCCCGGCCAGGGGCUACGACGGAGAGGACUCCGACUCCCCGCGGCAUUCCACAGCCUCCAACAGCUCCAACCUGAGCAGUCCCCCAAGCCCGGUAUCUCCCCGAAAAACCAAGAGCCUCUCUCUAGAGAGCACCGACCGCGGAGGCUGGGACCCCUGAGCCGGCCCACCCCCUCCCCACCUCUCCCCAGCAUCUCCUCCCACCUCAGCGGGGAAGGACUAAAGGAGGGGGCAGCGCAGCCUGCCUGCCAGGGGGCUGCAGUGAC